GUGGGAAUUCAACUAACCGGGAUCCAGGGUCCCUCGUCCCAUUGGCCUCCCGUUGCCGAGAGCGAGAAUCUACCCAUGACGCUGCGCGGUCGGCUCCUUUCGGCGUUAUUUGGUCACCUUCGGCUCUGUUCGGUCCUAAUCGGUCACCUUCGGCUCUCCUCGGAGGAUGGCCGCGGACAGGGACUAUGAGGAGGAGGAAGUGUUGGUUUGACAGCUCCCUCUUUCCUUCUCGAAUAAUGAAUGAAGCGAGCUUCGAGCCACCGGCAGCUAUGCACUGAAAGACCGGCGGCCCGGUUUCCUGCACCGUCCCGAACAUGUCAUUUUUUAGGCGAAAAGGUAAAGCCAAAGGGGGGAGAGAGAAAAUAACAGAGGCACAAAUCACUAAAGUCCCAGCUCCCACUCCAGUUGCAACCCCCUCCCCAAGCAGGAACCAUGCACUUUUGGAAGCUGCAGGACCAAGCAAUGUGGCGAUCAAUGCCAUCUCUGCCAACAUGGACUCAUUUGCACGUGGCAGAACUGCAGUUCUCAAGCAACAACCAAUUCAUAUGGAAGCUGCUCAUUUUGGAGACUUGGGUCACUCUUCCCUGAACUACAGAACUGAAGAGACUAACUCCAGACUUUCAAAGACCCUUGAACAAGUCUUGCAGGACAGCAUUGCCCUUCCAUAUAUCAUCCAGUAUAUGGAGAUGCAAGGAGUUGGACAUAUAGUUAAAUUCUGGUUGGAAGCAGAAAGUUUCCGUUCUACAAGCUGGUCUCGCAUCAGAGCCCACAGUCUCAAUGUAGUAAAACAUAGUUCUUUAGCAGAGCCUCCCUCUCCUUCAAGCAGACGUCAUAAUGUUGAUGGACCAGUAUUGCUUGACUCCAGCACUUCACUUCACCUGGAGGCAAAGGGUGAUCUGGUUUCUCAGAGUGGAAAACUUGGUGUCGCCAGUCCCGUCAGUCUGGACUGUGUAGAUAGAACUAAAGCAUCUCCAAAUCGCUCAUUAAAACAGGGUGGCAAUGAUCUGAAUCUAUUACACGUUGGGACAUCAAGAACAAUAACCAAUCGGGCAGAGGAUGCAAGUGAAGAAUCGAUCAAAUCUACAUCCAUGGAACAUCCACAUUCAACAGGGCUUAAAGGACUUUCAGACAGACUGAUGAAGAGUAUAGAACGUGAUGCAGUUAAAAUAUUUACUAAAUACAUUUCACCAGAUGCUUCCAGACCAAUUCCAAUUGUAGAAGCAAUGAGAAAUGACAUAGUUGCUAAGAUAUGUGGAGAAGAUGGACAAGUAGAUCCCAACUGUUUUGUUUCUGCACAAGCUGCAAUGUACAUUAUGAUGGAAAAAGAGCACUUUACAGAGUUUUUACGGAGUCACCAUUUUUGUAAAUAUCAAAUUGAAGUGUUGACUAGUGGCACUGUUUACCUGGCUGAUAUUCUUUUCAAUGAGUCAGCAUUGUUCUAUUUCUCAGAGUACAUGGAGAAAGAAGAAGCUAUAAAUAUCCUGCAGUUUUGGUUAGCUGCAGACAACUUCCAGGCUCACCUCGCUGCUAAAAACGGGCAGUACGAUGGUCAAGAAGCACAGAAUGAUGCCAUGAUUUUGUAUGACAAGUACUUUUCUUUGCAAGCUACACACCCUUUAGGAUUUGAUGAUUCUGUCCGAUUAGAAAUAGAGUCAAAUAUCUGCAGAGAAGGAGGACCACUUCCUGACUGCUUCACCACUCCAUUAAGGCAAGCCUGGACAACAAUGGAAAAAGUUUACUUACCUGGUUUCCUGUCUAGUAAUUUGUACUACAAAUACUUGAAUGAUCUCAUCCAUUCAGUGCGAAACAAUGAAUUUACAAAACCCUAUACUUCGUUUCCUGGCCAAGGACCAAAUAGCCCUCAUGAACAUGAGUCAAGUAUGGGCACCGCUGAUGGUAGUGUGCCACAGCAUGGCGUCAGAAAGGCAGCAGUAAAAAUCCUAAAAAACUUUGAUGAAGCAAUAGUAGUUGACGCUGCAAGCUUAGAGCCGGAAUCUUUAUAUCACAGGACUUUUGCAGGGCGUAUGACAUUUGGGAAGAUAAAUGAACUUGGCCAGUUUAUAAGAGAGUCUGAACCAGAGCCAGAUGUGAAAAAAUCAAAAGGUUCCAUGUUUUCACAGGCCAUGAAGAAAUGGGUACAGGGGAGCACUGAUGAGGCCCAGGAAGAGAUGGCAUGGAAGAUUGCCAAGAUGAUUGUCAAUGAUGUCAUACAACAAGCACAAAGUGAGCCACUCAUUGUGAAGUCCACAAAGCUAUGACUAGUGAAAGGAGGACCUGGUUCCUGUAUUCUCCUGUUCAAGUGGCUUCACUCCGCAUCCAGCCGAGGACUCCCUUCUGUUAACACAGCCAUGAAGUAACACCAUGAAUUACACAGUCUGAUGUUACUCCAUUAUUUGUAAGAAGACGACUGUGCAUUCCAGGAUCUCCAGCCUCAAGUUGCGCACAUGUUUCAAUGACUUUAGUAGCAGUCAGAGUACUAUGAAGGGUUUUCUUAUGAAGUUUCUGCACUGAAAGGAUCUCAAAGCGCUCUUUAAAUCUGGGUUCUGGGUGUAUGGUUUUAGUACAUUUGAAGUGACUAUUAUAAUAGAGCUUUGCUGUGCUCUAAACACCACUCCAUUGGUUUGUUGCUGUCUGUUUUAUUGUCAGGCCCUUAGAUAAUUUCAGGAUUUUUGUUCAAAAAUGUGACACAGGGUGGAAAAAAAUCUAUAUAUAAUAUGAUUUUUGUAAAAGGUUUGGAAAUCUUGUGUUUCUGUAUAAUAUUUGAUAAGUGGCGACUAGUUCCUCAGAUGCUACCUAAUUGUGUUAAGAUUGAGGAUUAUCACAGAAACAAGCAAAUCAAGGCUGUGUCUAGGUUUUUGGUACUAUGUACCAUUUCUAUGUUUUCAGAUGCAUAAGUAUUCCUGUACUUAAUCUAAAAUCAUACCUAUUUAAUUGUGUUUGAUUUAAAAUACAUAUAUUAUUGAGA